CCCUAAGCUUUAUUACCGGAGUACAAGCAGGCAAGCCUCAGAACUCCUUUGGUAGCUGGAAUUAACCUAUUUUCAACAAAAUAAAGUUGACUGUUUGGUGAAAUUAUGAAAGGAAACAACUCAGAAAAUUAUUAUGAAGGCGAUACCUAUGGUUCUUGAUUUCAUUACAAAUCAUAAGUAUUCGAAGGGUCUUUCAACUCAGACUGUGGUGAGCUAAAUCAUACUAAGUUCAAUUUAGUUCACCACUGGCACAGCCGGAUUUAACACUUGAAAGUUGGCCUCAUUUCAGAUGGAGCUAUUAAGACUCCAUAGCUCCAAAUCAUAACUAGUUUCACAAGAAGAUCAAAUGAAAUUGAAAUACUGAAAGACAGAAGAAUCCGAAGUGCCAAAAAAGUGAGACUUGUUGGAUCAGAUAAGCAAGGGAACUCAAACUUGAAGGAAUUAAACUGUGAAAUAUAUUAUUCUUCAUGUUCAUGCUUGUCCUCUCUUUCAUGCUUGUCUAUUUUCUCAAGAAUGGUAUCUGCACAUCUUCUGUAGAGUUCUUCGUUUGCACAUAAGGUUGGAUUCUUCGAGAUCAAGGUACCGAUGUACUCAGGGUUUAGAACUCUGGCUAUUACAAACCUCAUCUCAGGAAUCGCUAGGAUCCUAUCGAACUUUCUGUGGGAGUAAGAAUAGGAGAGACUUUGAAGUUAGUCUUUUAAUAGCCUGUAUGUUCCUGGAAACAUCACUGAAGAAUCUCUUGUGAAGCCGAUGAACACUGUGAAGAACUCUUUGAAGCUCUGGAGUUCUUCUGUAUUGAGGAUCUCAUCCUCAGAUGGACCCUGAUCAAGAAUGUGUGGGAUGAAGCUCUGCAUAGCCUCUUCGAAUUUGUUAUCAGGCAUUUCAAACUUCAUUUGCUGUAGAUGUAGUGGAUCCUUGCUGAGGUUCUCAUAAUUAUACAGCCCUGAGUCAACACAGAAGGCUCUGAACAUUUCAAUGAACUCUCUUCUGACUGCUCUGAUGAGAUUCUUGUCGUUAGCAUCCAACCUGAUAUUGCCUGUAUAAAACUCAGGCUUAUUGUACUUUCUUGGCCGAUCUCUUCCUCUCUUGAUUUUGGGCUCUUUGACUUCUUCAUCAUUGGAUGGACUGGAGAAUUCUUUGAUUUCAAUAGCCAAUACAUUUGAAGAGAACGAUGAGAGAAGGAACUAAGUAGAUCUGAAUAAAUAAGCCAGAGCAUAAAUUAGCACUUGAGAUCUCCUAACUUUGCCGAUCUCAAAGUUAUUUUUAAAAAUGGCUAGCUUGAAGCAUUGAUGAUAUUAUGACUUUGUAUUUCUCUGCAAUGAAGUUCAUCAGAGUCAAUCGGAAAGUUUAAAACUAUUUUCAAAUUUAUAAGCAAGAUAUAAGCAUGAGCUCAAGCUGGCAAUCCUAAUAAUUUGACACUCCUCCUCCAAUAUCUGCCCUGCAUUUCAACAGUAAGCUUACCUUCUAUUGGCUGCUGAGGUGGGAGUUGGUAUCUAGGCUCUUUAUCUCUUUCUGAUGCGAUAUUUUCAUUGAGCUGAUGAGGAUAGGAGGCUGCACACCACAGAGGAGCAGAAACAGAAUUCAUGCCUAAAAAUAUUUCAUGAAAUCGCAACCAAGAAGUUUUGUACAAGGAAUGCAAAACACAGGAUAUGCAGGCUCACUAUUGAGAGUUAUACGUUGUGGAGGACCAUGAAGCCUCUUGUUUCAAAUUAGAGACUUCUAAAGCUGACCAUUUGUGGGGAGAUUAGGUCUUCAUAAAUCUAGCUAGGCUAAAAGAACUCCCAAUAUUUUGGGAAGCUCUCUCGAGCUCAGCAAACUAGUAUUUGACUGGAAUCGUAGAAUAAAAAUUAAGGCAAAGAGCUGAGGUGGAUAAACCCAGAGAAUCAGAAAUUUCAAAAACUAAGAUUUCUUUAUUUGGCGUAAUGUUGGUAUUAUUAGACUUCAGAAAAUAUAAGAAAUUUAGAACCAUCAUCUAUGAAAGAGGCUAUGAAGGAGAGUGGAUUAUACAAAGAGACUGACUGUUCACAGAGUUUUGACCUUUGAAGUUCUCCACUAAGGGUGCAAAAUCGUCAAUUUAAAAUCCCAGAUAUAGUGAUUUGCAUAUUUGCUAUUCCUAACAUUAAAAUUUUAUGAGAAUAUCAAAAAAUUUGAUUUAAGAAUUUGUUAGAGCUCACAGUAAACUCUUUCCUGGCUCUAAAGCUUUCGCUAAUGAGUCCUAAUGCUUGGGCAUCUAAAAUGCAAGCAUGCUCUAAAGGAAAGCUGAGAUACCUAAUUUGAAAUUAGUGAGAAAUAACAAAAGAGAGCAAAGACACCCAGUUAUGGCUCAUAUGAGAAAUUGAUCCUGUACAGUCAGACCCUUCUGAGACGACCUCAACCUAAAUAUGGCUUAUUUUGCUUUGUAAGGCUAUCCAGAUUUCACAAUUUUUUGGUACUCUACCAAGUAAAUAAAAUAAAUUUUGGAUAAAAUUUCCUCUUCACUUCUUAAAGAAUUUAUCCCAAACUAAUAUGGCUGAGUUUCCUAAAAUAGGAGGCUUUAGCAUGUCUAUCAAGCUAUACUAGUCUAUAUGAUUCUUGGUUAAAGCUCAUCCCGAAAGCUAAAUCUUUGCUUUCAUCAGAAUUUGCAUAAUUGAAAACAAUGCUAAUAUCUCGGAGGCUGGAGGUGCUCAUGAAGAGGAAUGUCAAUCAUCUGGUGUCCUUGUGGUGGGAAUUAUAUAAGACCAUCAAGGACCAAGUCGACCACUUUGACCAGCGUAUCUUAUAAUAUUGGAAGCAUAUUUUGGGAUUUUCCCACCACCUCAAGAAGUGUGCAGUUUUAUGAAUUUCGCUGGAAUUUCAAAAAUAUUCCACUUCAGUGAAGUGAAAGGUCAAAAUAAAUCACAGUUUUGUGAUACUUUGUCACAAAACAUUCCACAAUAGCUGAGCCUCAUUAAAGGUGGUGCAGAAAUAGUUGUUUUCUCUCUGAAAAUGAAAGUUCUAAAAUUAACUAGGCAGUUCUUGGGAACCUGGUGAUAGAGAAAUGAGCAGAGUAAAGCCAUAAGAGUCUUAAUGUAAGCUUAUUGAUAGGCAUAACCAAGUCCAGAGUUAGGCUUACAUUCAAACAUGGUGCAUUAAGAUCCAAUUUCAUUAUUGUUAGCUUUGCUUACUGUCAAAAUCAGACUUUUCGAGACUAAUGAAAAUUUUGCAUCAAGCUACUAAGAGUCGCUCUAUUGCUAGAAGACAAGGGAGACAAAUUCAGUAAACAGGGACUAAUGGAUAUGCAACGCUGUAUUCUAAACCUGGCCUCAUUAGUGAUUAUAGCACAACUAUUGCUCUCAGGAGGAGUAAUUUUAUGUCUGUAGAUCGCUAUUUUCAGAGAAAAGAUAGCUUAACUAGCUACUCUAGGUAUUUUCAAAACUAUGAUUAGUUAUUUUUAGUACAUUUGCAUAAUUAAGUUGGUUACUUGCAAAGUAGAGCUCUGUGAUCAAGUUUUAGAGAGUUUGUUAACUAAAGAAAUUCAAUAAUGAUAAUCAUUGAACAGAUUGGCUAAAAUAAGUGAUAUUUCUUCUUGUUCAUGAUGCUGGUGAAAAUGAGAAAACUCAAUUUUGAACAAAUUUCUAACAACAGAGAUGUCAGAGACAAAUAAUUUAUCAAUUUAACUGCAUUUUCUAUGGCAUUGGAGUACAAAAUAUGUGAAUUUGCUACCAAAGCAAACUAUGAAUAAAAAUAGCAACAGAUAAGCAUCAAAUUUGUAGCCUUCUUGAAAGGCAUUUCUCUAAAAUACACACUCUGAGGACUUUCUCAAUAAAGUGUGAUGUUUCCUGUAGUUUUCUCUACUCUUUCUGCUUGUCUUAGCAACUUUCCGACAAAAUUGACUGAGAGAGAACACUUAGAAGUUGAAGACUUCCAACUCUCAGCGUAUGCAAGUGACUUAAAACAAUUUUCACUUCUCAUACUAUUUCAAAAUUUGCCCAGCCGGAUCAACUCUUGGCUAGUUGGUACCCUAAGAAACUCUUCAAUUAAUUGGCUUGAGAUUAUUGGGUUCUUGCAUUGGCUCGAAGCUAGGUCAGUAAAAUAUAUUUAUGAUGGUGUUGCCUCACCAUCUACAAGAGGCUUUCUACCAUAAACACCAACUUUACAAAAUAUUCAAAAAUUCUAUUGAAAAAGUCAUUAUGAGGGCUAUAUUUCUCUGGAUUCAAAUAUCCCAGGCUCUGCGAAAAUAUUUAGGAGAUCCUGAAAUGUAAGGGGCAUUGUUUAGCCAUCAAUUUACAAGUUUAAACUUAUAAAAUAAUUAUUCAUGGGAUACUAAUGAGACAAAUAGAGCAUUUCUCUCAUUUAUUCACUCACUUUAAAUAUGUAGCAAGCCAAAGAAGCAUAAUUAGAAGCAAACUAGAAGCCGAUUAAGUGCUAGGAUGCAUUCUAUACUCCAUAAAAGAGCUACCACAUCAUUAGAGCAAUCUCCACAAGAGGUCAGCCACAAAAUGUCUGAGAGCUUUGUUGUGUCAUUAAAAGCAAAGAAAAAGAAAUUUGAUUAGUAUUGCUCUUACCUUUUAUGUCUCAUUUACAGAAAGAGUCAAGAUCAAUGUUCAUAUUAUUAAGAAAUUUCAAAUAUUUUGAUUUAUUUCAUUUGUAUUUCUGCAUUACCUUUCAGUAUUACCACUCAUUAUUGAUUUAAGACGAAUAAGACGUGUUCGAAAUUGAGAUUUAGAGGAGUUUAGGUUUCAAAAUGUAAUAAAAUUACAAUUUGAAGAGCUAAACCAAAAAUAAUCGCUGCUAUUGCUCAAUCUAACUGUGAGAGAAUGUUGAGGAAGACCUAAAGAGGUAUCCAUUUGAACAUAGCAUAUUGAUCAUAUUACAAAUAUGUUACGUUCAUACUAAUACCUUUCAUGAUGUCAAAUGCACAUAAGAAAUCCCCACCCUCACUUUUGGAGUACUUACAGGCCUUAGCUAUGAGAGCAAGGCUCUAAUAUCUGAGAAGAAAUAUAUAGUCAUUAAUAAUUCUAAUAGCAAGAGUAAGUAGUAAACUUGUGACUGGAAAACUACUAGAACCAGAUGGAUAAUGUAUU